GUAGCCCCUGGGCCUAGGACAGGGUGAAGCAAUGUCCACGUUUCAGCCUACCGGCCUAGGACAAUUCACCUCAUGUGGAGGAAACUAGGCAGAUGCCCACUUGCUCCCUGGUUGGCAGCGUUUGAGACCUCCCUUGUCCCAGAUCCUUCUACUCCGAUCUUGUUUCUUCCUUUCUUAUAAAUAUUUGAGCACCUCCAUGUGUCCGACAAUUACCAUCAUCUGCGGCUCCCAGUUUGAGUCUGGUCAGUCUUUGCAAGGGAUACCUCUUGAGUCCUCUGCGUACGGCUAAUUUAUCCUGUGCAAAGCCACAGUCGAGGGUGGGCGCUGAGCGGCUCCCACCUGGCUACCGCAGAUGCGCAGAUGCCGGGAAAAGUAAUCGCCUGGCGUGGCGGCGGUGAUGGAAUAUUCUCUCUGAUCCGUGACCGGGGGUUGGGACUGAUCCCUGGUGCCUGCUCGGAGCUGCUCCUUGUUGGUUCAUCCCUGCACUUCACCCCACCUCCCCCGCCAGCGCCCUACUAAUCAGGGGCCAGUUCUGUUUGGCGUCCACGGUCGCAUCCCCCUGCCCCUCCGCCAAGCCUCCAGGCCCCUUGAGCCCCGCAGUCGGGGGACCCUUGCGAAUCACAUCCGGAAGGGCGGGGCGCGAGGGGCGGAGCACGCCCCCCGGAGGAGGAGACCGCGUCUCCCCGCCUCCCGCCCGCGGUUGCCGCCAGGCGCCGAGCGGUCUCUCUCGCGGAACCCGCAGUGUCGCCCGCGCCCCGAGCCCCUCCAGGCCAGGCUCCUGCAGGUGAUGGCGGACGAGGGUGCGAGGAGCCUAAAAACCGCUGCGUGCCCGCCGUCCGGCCCCGCGCAGGGAGGGGGCCCUGGUCCCGCGGCUGGGGCCCGCGAAGCCGGGGGACGCGGGCACCCCGACCCCGGGACGGCCCUGCCUGUCCCAGGGUGCUGGGAAGCGGCCUCUGCGGCGACUGACCGGAGCCCGGAAAACGGCUUUAUCGGGAAUGAGGACCCAGAAACCUGUGGCGCAGAGGGGUGGGGGGCUCGGGCUGGGGCCGGCGGGAAGGCCGAGGAAGUGACGACUGAGAAGGGCGCCAUCUUCAAGGAGGAGGCAGAGGGGGAGGUGGAGAAGCAGCAAGUAGGGGAGGAGAUGGAGGUGGUGGAGAAGCUGGUAGAGGAGGAGAAGCUGGAGGUGGGAGCGGAAGCGGAAGCGCAGGAGGGCCUGGGGCCCCUUAACCUUGAUGGCCCAGUUGUGGACCCACUGGAGGCCAUUCAGUGGGAGUUGGAGGCCGUGAGUGCCCAGGCGGAUAGGGCCUACCUGCGACUGGAACGCAGGUUUGGGCGCAUGCGCCGUUUGCACCUAGCCCGUAGGAGCUUCAUCAUCCAGAAUAUUCCUGGCUUCUGGGUCACCGCCUUCCUGAACCACCCGCAGCUGUCAGCCAUGAUCAGCCCCCGAGAUGAAGACAUGCUCUACUACCUGAUGAAUUUGGAGGUGAGGGAGCUCAGGCACGCCAGGACUGGCUGCAAGUUCAAGUUCCGCUUUUGGAGCAACCCCUACUUCCAGAACAAGGUGAUCGUGAAGGAGUAUGAGUGCAGAUCCUCAGGCCGGGUAGUAUCAAUCGCAACUCGCAUCCGAUGGCACCGGGGCCAGGAACCCCCUGCUCUGGUACACAGGAACCGGGACACUGUCCGCAGCUUCUUCACCUGGUUCUCACAGCACAGCCUCCCAGAGGCUGACAGGGUUGCCCAGAUUAUUAAAGAGGACUUGUGGCCCAACCCCCUGCAAUACUACCUGCUGGGGGAUAGGCCCCACAGAGCCAGGCGAGGCCUAGCCAGGUGGCCCACAGAGGUGCCCCCUAGGCCCUACGGGUGCCAGUCUGGCUAAGUCCUGCCCUGGGACCUGGCCCCUACAUAAGAGUCCCUUCUGCCUCCUGUGGACCUGUGCUUAGGCUAGUGAUGGCACUCUGCUAUCUGCUUUCUCUUCUGUGCACUCUGGCCCCUCUGGACAUUCAGUGGACUCAGCUCCAAGAUUGUGGCCUUCGUGGCCAAGCUCUUCUGUUUCCAUGUGGCCUUCAUGCGUCACGUGACUGUCACUUGCCAGUGUCUACUCAAGCACCCAAUGCUAUGGACAUGUACUGCCAUUGUCUUCAUGUCCAGGACCUAUCUUUGAUCAUGGCCUUUCUGCCAUUUUUGACAUGGGCAUCCACAAGUCAUUGCUAGAAGGACCAGUGCCUCUUCGAGGCCCACUGCUUCAAGGCCACAACAUGCUGGUCUUCAUAUUUAUGCUGGCCCUGCACACUGGCUGUGGCGAGCCAAGUCUCAUCACCCAAGAUGAAAUGGGUGCAUUUGGUGCUGGCUGUCAACCUGACUUGGACAUUCCAGGGCGUUGGACAUUCAUAGGCCACGCCACCCCAGGCUAGUGGAUUGUUGGGCACCUAGCAGAAUGGGCAUGCAGCCAGCAGAAGGUUUCUGGGCAUGGGUGAGGUCAAGGACACAGAGAAGUGGGCAAUGCAUUCUUUGUGACCACUCUGCUCCUCUUACGGCUGCAUUGGUCCUACCUUGCAGCCUGCUAUCAGCUUGUGAAGGUCUGUACCGUGCCCUACCAACGUCUGGCCAUUGCCCUUCUCGUGAAUUUUGCCCAGGCUGCCACUAACCUUGUUACCUGCUCCCAGGUCUGUAAGGACCUCAAGAACUGCCUGUGGACACAAGUGGGCCACCUGCCAAUGCACAAGAGAGCCCCCAAACCCCUAGGAACUCUGCUGCACUGGCAUAUCUGGGUGUUUGCUCAAGGCAGGGCAAUGACGGGGUCCCUUCCAGAAUCCUACUUCCUUGAGCCCCAGUCACUGGACUCACACAGAAUCCAGCUCCUCCUGUCUCCACCUGUUUUUAGGCUGCCAGAUUGGAGGUGCUGGGGAGGGGGUGUUUCUGGUCAUGGGGGCUGUGUACACCUGCCCAGUCCUCACAUCUUUCUUUUUAUUCUUUAAAGUGACAGCUCAGAAACAAAAUAAACUGAAGAAGCAAGGUUCUUUACAGACAGCUGAGGAGAUGGGCUUUCUUGUUGAAUUUGCCUGUCUUUGACUGACUCCAGAGAGGGAGGUUGUCCCGUACACCCAAGCUCUCUCUGCCUGCUCUGCUUCCAUGCCCUGCCUGGUCAGCAAGGCCUAGAAUCUUUAAGGGGGGAUGGUGCCAGGCUGCUGAACAGAGAGACCAGGAGGUCUAGGUCCCCAGCGGCAGGGAUAGUUCAUUGUUUUGUGCUGUGUCCUUUUAGACUAACUUUGGCCCCAACUCUACUUUCUUCUUCCACCAGGUCCACACCCCCCAUGGGAUACUGUAGGUACAAGAACCUAGCUGCCUCCACCAAGUCCCCCUCUGCCGGCUUUGAGGGCUGUCUCCAUUUAAUUUUGGAGGGUCACCAUACCCAGGCCCCUUCCCAUGGAAGGCCUUGUCUUCUGCUCCCCAGGACAUGGAGAGACCUUGACACAAAAUAAAGGGGCAGGUGCUCUCAGCAGGGGAGUGCAACAGAGCCAGAGCCAGCGGAAAGGCAGGAAUGGCUGAGAGCCCGCAGGGUGGAGGGAGGAGAGCCCCCUGAUUCUUCCUAACUUUUUUGAUUCACCAAUAGGUUUUUUAAAUUAGAAGAACUGGGCCAGCCCCGUGGCUUAGCGGUUAAGUGCACGUGCUCCGCGGCUGGCGGCCCGGGUUCGGAUCCGGGGCGCGCACCGACGCACCUGCUUCUCCGGCCAUGCUGAGGCCGCGUCCCACAUACACCAACUAGAAGGAUGUGCAACUACGACAUACAACUGUCUACUGGGGCUUUGGCGGGAAAAAAAAUAAAAGAACUAAUAACAGAACACUGCAACUUGAGAGGUCCUCUCGGUCCAGGUAUAACCUUGUGUAUGUAGAAAGUUAAUGCUAUAUGUAAUUUUUCAUUUUGCUGCUUUUAAGUAAGACCCUAGGCAUCCCCUUCUCCGUUUCUGCCCACUGGGGAAAGUGAGCUGUCCACGCCUGCUUAUUGUUUUUCGCUUUUCGUUGAGAACAUUUAAAAGAAUGUCAAUGUAAUCUUUCUAUGCCAUUUGGAAACUUGUGUGGCUAUUCAUGAUUGUAAUCAAGUUGUUGUGGCCUGUUAAUAUAACCCUGUACUUAGAAGUAGUUUGAAUAAGGUGGUUUUGUAGGACUUAGACUGGAAAUUGUUACCACAUUCCUCACGUGUUGUGAAGAUAACCUGCAAAAAGAAAUCUGUAACUCUGAUGGUCUUGAUUCUGAGCCCCAGUGGCCGUGUUGUAAUUGACAUCGCUGUAACUGACAUCUCUGCUUCUAAACAGAAAUGUUCAUGAGGUGGCUUUGUCCAAUUAGAAGAGGAUUAAUGGCACUUUUGUCUUCUAUAUGCACGAUGAAGAAAUAAAAACCUUUCAGUUUGGGGAAAAAUAA